CUGGCAGCUUUUGAGGUUAUAUAGUGUUUGUUGUUUGGAGAGGGAAGAAAAUAACUAAUAAGUAUAAAUAGUAAUAAUAAUAAUAAUAAAUAAAAGAUAAACGACGAACGAAAACAAAAAAAAAAUUGUAAACAAACCGAAAAUACUUGACGUCGCUCGUAGAUAGGACAUAGGUAUUAGAAUAAUAUUACAUUCAAGAUUGCCGUAAAUGCCUUAACAAAAAUCGAAUAGUGGGCCUUUGCGAACCUUUUUUGUCAGACUUAUCGGUUUUGUACCGAUGUACUUUUGACGCGAUGAAGGCGUCGGACGAGGACGAAGAAGAGGUGGUCUUGCGAGCUACUUCGGUGUAGACGUUGGACCGAAGUUCGUUGUAUUAGGAGGUUUGUCGAUCGUCAAUAUUGUCGCCAUGUACCCUGGCUCAUUGCUGUGGGCCCUGUGGUUGCUGUGGUUGCUGUUGGCCUGCACGGUAGCAGCCCAGAAAACGGCUGCUGCAGUGGCGGCAACGUCUACGGACGUUGCGGCGUGUCCGGAGCGAUGCAUCUGCCCAAAAAGAAGGGUCGGUGACAAGUUCAGCAAAGUCAAAUGUGGUGGGCUUGAUAAGCCUGUCAUGUAUCUCAGCGAGAUACCCCUGGUUCAACUGUCCAACUUUACGGGAGUCACAUUCUUGGAUCUGUCCAGCAACGUUAUUGCUGCUUUGCCCACAAACGCCAUACCUAUUCUGACUUUACAAAAGCUAGAUCUGACCAAAAACCUAAUCUCUAUUAUUCAAGAUGGAGCGUUUCGCGGCACGCCAAAUCUUAAAAUAUUGACACUGACUGACAACAAACUCAGAAAUAUAUCUCAAGGCAUGUUUGAAGGGCUCUUUUCAUUGGAACAAUUGUAAGAAAUUAAGAUAAAUAAACUUUAAUAUUUAUAGCAUUUGCCUAAUUUUAAA